UAAAUUCGUCUUUGAUUAGAAUCGACAAAUAAAGAUGUUUCGUUUUCUUCCCCUCCUCCUCCUCAUUCUCCAUUUCUCUCACUUCACAAAUGGAAAAAACACAAUAACUUCAUAUUCCACAAAUCAUCUUGUUUACACAUCUUGCACCAAAGCAAGUUACCCUAAAAUUUGCAUUAGAACCCUCUCAUCAUACUCAACCAUAAAAACACCAAAAGACUUAGCAAAGGCAUCACUAAAUGUGAGUAUUUCAAGAUCCAACAAAGCAUCAAAAUUCCUCAAAAAUCUCAAAGUGAAAAGCAAAAGAGAAAAAGGGACACUUGUUGAUUGUAUAGAGCAAAUAGGUGACUCUAUACAUGAGCUUAGAGAGUCACUUUUUGAGCUAAAACACUUGCAUAAAGGGAUUGGUUUUAGGUUCCAAAUGAGUAAUUUGGAGACUUGGAUUAGUGCUUCUUUGACAAAUGAUGAUACUUGUCUUGAUGGUUUCAAAGAAAUUGAUGGAAAAGUUAGGUAUGAUGUGAAGAGAAGGAUUUCUAAUGUAGCAAAGGUUACAAGUAAUGCUCUUUACCUCAUCAAUCUACUAGGCGGAUUCAGAAUCUGAAAUUCACGUAGUCUUAAAGCAUAUUUUAUCAUAUUCGAGUAUUUUUAAUGAUGAAUUUUAGUACAUCUUUGUUUUUCGUGUUGAAAAUAUUAAAUUCAGUUCAUAAAUUCUACUUGA